AUGGGAUUUUCACCCAACGGCAUCUCGGAUAUCCUAGCAUCCAAAGAUGCCAAGCAGAAUCCCACAAUGCCCAUGGCGCGAGUAGAAGCCCGCGAUGAAAUCUGCGUGGCAGCCAUGAGCAUGAAGUACUAUUACGAUCGGAAGCAUCUCCCAAGAUUCUACAAUGCUGGAGACCGCGUCCUGCUGCGUCUUCACAAGGGAUACGUGAUCCCAAAAGCCGCUUCUGUCGGACGAAAAUUGGGACAGCGAUACGCAGGACCAUUCAAGAUUACGGAACGCAUCGGCCGCUCCGCAUACCGUCUUGAGAUUCCUCAAGCCUGGAGAAUCCACGACGUUAUCUCAGUAGAUCAUCUGGAACCUGUCGCCUUCGAUGUAUUCGGACGCUAUCUGCCAUACGCAGGCCCUAUCCGCGUGAAGGACCAUCAGCGUGCUAUUGUGGACUGCAGGAUUUCUCAGACCAGAACAGGGGAAUUCCGCAGAUGGUUGGUAUCGUACGAAGGACUGGGACCGGAAUAUGAUGAAUGGUUGACUGCGAACCAGCUCGGAGAUCAGGCAGAGGCACUGAUCAACAGCUUUCAGAGCAAAUCCCAGAAAUCCUAA